GUACGGUCUCCACCCUCGCCAUGCUCAGAGCGGCUCCCUCCUUACAGCAACAUGGGCGAAGUGUGUCAGCUUUUGGAAGAAUCACGCUGGGAUGCUUUAAAGGAAGACUUGUCCCUCCUGGUUAUAUUCCCGCAAUUUCUAAUCUCUCCCCCUUGUUCCAUGAACAUCAAAUUCACACCACUGUACCAGCGCCUGAUAAAAAAUGGAAGAACAAACUUCCAAAACCAACCCUAACUAAACGAGAACCAUCUCUGGAAGUAAAGAAGGCAGCCGCCAAAGUUGCUGGAUGGAAGGAAUCGUGGGAUAUCAAGAAGAACUCUGUCAGUGUAGACACGGCCAUCUCCGCUGCCGAUGGCAUACGUGGCAAUGUAGGUUCAAAACUGACAAGCCAAUCGACAUCAUAUGCUUCGGAGGAUGUAGCAACUACAAAGCUUUCAGCAGGGCUUAAAGGCGCCACUUUAACAGAUAUUAUUCGUGCUCGGCCAGAAAUACUAAAACCAGCAGCAAAGGAACCUUCUUCGUCUGAUUCCAACUCUUCGUCAUCUGAUUCAAGCUCUUCGUCGUCUGAUUCUGAAUUAUCUUCAUCCGAAUCAGCAGCCAAACCAGCUGCUGAAGCUGCCAAACCAGCUGCUGAAGCUGCCAAACCAGCUGCUGAAGCUGCCAAACCAGCUGCUGGAACUGUCAAACCAGCUGCUGAAGCUGCCAAACCAGCUGCUGAAGCUACCAAACCAGCUGCUUCAGUAGCCAACCCAGCUGUUGAAGCUGUCAAACCACUUGCUGAAGCUGCGAAACCAGUUGAUAAACCUGAUACAACCAAGCCAUCUGCUGAAGCUAUCAAACCACCUGCAGGAGCUGUCAAACCAGCUGCUGAAGCUGUCAAACCAGCUGCUGAAGCUGCCAAACCAGCUGCGGAAGCUACCAAACCAGCUGCUGAAGCUACCAAACCAGCUGCUGAAACUGCCAAACCAGCUGCUGAAGCUGCCAAACCAGCUGCUGGAGCUGCCAAACCAGUUGCUGAAGCUGCCAAGCCAUCUGCUGAAGCUGUCAAACCACCUGCAGGAGCUGUCAAACCACCUGCAGGAGAUGUCAAACCAGCUGCUGAAGCUGUCAAACCACCUGCAGGAAAUGUCAAACCAGCUGCUGAAGCUGUCAAAACACCUGCUGAAGUUGUCAAACCAGCUGCUGAAGUUGUCAAACCAGCUGCUGAAACUGCCAAACCAGUUGCUGAAGCUGCCAAACCAGUUGCCGAAGCUGCCAAACCAGCUGCUGAAGCUGCCAAACCAGUUGCUUCAUCAGCCAAACCAGCUGCUGAAGCUGCCAAAUCAGCUGCUGAAGCUGCCAAAUCAGCUGCUGAAGCUACCAAACCAGCUGCUGAAGCUGCCAAAUCAGCUGCUGAAGCUACCAAACCAGCUGCCAAAUCAGCUGCUGAAGCUACCAAACCAGCUGCCAAAUCAGCUGCUGAAGCUACCAAACCAGCUGCUGAAGCUGCCAAAUCAGCUGCUGAAGCUACCAAACCAGCUUCUUUAUCUGCUGAAGCUGCCAAACCAACUUCUGUAGCUGCCGAAGCUACCAAACCAGCUGCUGUAGCUGCUGAAACUGCCAAACCAGCUUCUUUAUCUGCUGAAGCUACCAAGCCAGCUUCUGUAGCUGCUGACGCUCCCAAACCAGCUGCUGAAGCUGCCAAACCAGCUGCUGUAGCUGUUAAACCAGUUGCUGAAGCUGCCAAACCAGCUGUGGGAGCUGCCAAACCAGCUGUGGAAGCUGCCAAGCCAGCUGUGGAAGCUGCCAAACCAUCUGUGGGAGCUGCCGAACUAGCUGCUAAAGCUGUUGAAGGAGCAUCAGCUAAAUCAUCUGCUGAAGCUACCAAACCAGUUGCUAAACCUGUGACAACCAAACCAUCCACUGAAGCUGUGAAACUUGGUGCUUCAGCAGCCAAACCAGCUGUUGAAGCUGCCAAACCAGCUGCUUCAGCAGCCAAACCAGAUGUUUCAGCAGCCAAACCAGCUGCUGAAGCAGCCAAACCAGAUGUUUCAGCAACCAAACCAGCUGUUGAAGCUGCCAAACCGGCUAAACCAGCUCCUUCAGCAGCCAAACCAGCUGCUGGAGCUGCAUCAGCCAAGCCAGCUGCUGAAGCUGCAUCAGCCAAGCCAGCUGCUGAAGCUGCAGCAGCCAAACCAGCUGCAGCCAAGCCAGCCCCUGAAGCUGCAGCAGUGAAGACAGUCACAGACGUUGCAACAGCCAAGACAUCCUCUGAAGCUGUGGCAGCCAAGCCAGUUGGCGAAAUUACAACAGAAACAAUAUCUAAAGGUGCAACAAUAAAACCAAUUAUUGGAACAGUGAGGGAACAGGUUGUUGAAGCUUCACCCAAAACAGUUACUGAACAUGUAGCAGGAAAACCAGCUGUUGAAGCUGCAGUACCAGCCAAAGGAGCCGCAUCAUCAAUUCUGCCGGCAUAUACCACUAAAGUGGAGCCAAUUCAAGAUUCAUCACCAGAAUCCAAUGUUGAAGCUGUACAAGAAAGUGCUGUUGGAACUAAAUCGGCAGUAAGAGAAUUAGCUGAAACGGCAGAAAAACCCAUUGACACAUUAGUAGAACUAAAUACCAAAGAUUCUGAUAUAAAUAUGGAAAUUGCUAGUGCCCCUCUUGAGGUAGGAGCUGUUCCAUCUACUGCAGCUUCUGGUGAAUUGACAUCGACAACAAUCAGUGACGAAGGGGUUGGAUUACUGGGAGUAGGAAAUGUCACGGCAGUGAUUGGAGCCGUAGUAGAUGUUCUGUUCAAGGGAAACCUUCCUCCAAUUCUCAAUGCUCUUGAAGUACAGAAUAGACAACCUCGCCUUGUCUUGGAAGUAGCUCAACAUCUUGGAGGAAACACAGUGCGUACUAUUGCUAUGGAUGGAACAGAAGGUCUUGUCCGUGGACAAUCUGUCACCGAUACAGGAGGACCAAUUUCCAUCCCAGUUGGCCCAGCAACCUUGGGCAGGAUCAUUAAUGUCAUUGGAGAACCAAUUGAUGAGCGAGGUCCUAUGGGCACAACAGAACACGCUGCCAUCCAUGCUGAUGCGCCCAAGUUCGAGGAAAUGAGCGUAGAGCAGGAAAUUUUGGUGACAGGAAUAAAGGUUGUUGACAUGUUGGCUCCAUACUCAAAAGGUGGAAAGAUAGGAUUGUUUGGUGGUGCUGGUGUGGGUAAGACUGUACUUAUUAUGGAACUUAUCAAUAACGUGGCCAAGGCUCAUGGUGGCUACUCGGUGUUUGCUGGUGUUGGUGAAAGAACUCGAGAGGGCAAUGAUCUUUAUCAUGAAAUGAUCGAGUCUGGUGUAAUUUCUCUCACAGAUGAGACUUCCAAGGUAGCUCUGGUGUAUGGGCAGAUGAACGAACCACCAGGUGCUCGCGCUCGUGUGGCUCUCACAGGACUUACAGUUGCCGAGUAUUUCAGAGACAAAGAAGGUCAAGAUGUGCUCUUCUUUAUUGAUAAUAUCUUUAGAUUUACUCAAGCCGGGUCGGAAGUGUCUGCACUACUAGGACGCAUACCUUCAGCUGUGGGUUACCAACCAACGCUAGCCACUGACAUGGGCAACAUGCAGGAACGAAUUACUACCACAAAGAAGGGAUCCAUUACCUCAGUUCAGGCUAUUUAUGUGCCAGCUGACGACUUGACGGAUCCUGCACCAGCAACCACAUUUGCUCAUCUUGACGCUACUACUGUACUCUCUCGAGGUAUAGCAGAAUUGGGGAUCUAUCCUGCUGUUGACCCUUUGGAUUCUACUUCUAGAAUUAUGGACCCAAAUAUCAUUGGCAUCGAGCAUUAUAAUACUGCUCGAGGUGUUCAAAAGAUUCUUCAGGACUAUAAAUCACUACAAGAUAUUAUUGCUAUUUUGGGCAUGGAUGAGCUCUCUGAAGAAGAUAAAUUAACUGUAUCAAGAGCGCGGAAAGUCCAGAAGUUUAUGUCGCAGCCAUUCCAGGUUGCAGAAGUUUUCACUGGCUAUGAAGGAAAGUUUGUCCCUCUAGAAAAGACAAUUAAGAGCUUCAAAGAUAUUUUGUCUGGAAAUUAUGACCACAUUCCAGAAGCAGCUUUCUACAUGGUUGGAGACAUUGAAGACGUAACCAAAAAGGCGCAGCUACUCACCCAGUAAUAGAGCACUGCAGUGCUACAGCAGAACACGCUGUUCUGCAUGCAGACCAAAUAUCCUACUUUUGAGGUUGCAAUACUGGUUAUAUUAUUGAUUGUUCGCAGGCAAAAUGUAUUUUUUAGGCACUCCACUUUUGUAUUUGCCCUUUUAUAUGUGUUUUGUAGAAAUGCACUAUCUUACUUAAGGUAAGAGUAGUCUUGCUAUGAACUACUUGGCCCUUUGAUAAAAGAUAACUUGCUAUAAAAAUUAUUUGAAUAAUAAUGUUAAUUUAAAAAAUAUGUAUGCUGCAUUGAUUAUAUUAGCAUUCAUUGUAUGCAUACAUGGAACAACAUUUGCAAUAUUUUUUUUUUAUAAUUCUGCUAAUUACAUUGUUAGUUAUAUGCUGCACUUGAACGGUAUAGUAUUGGACUUAUUGUAUCAUAUAUUGUAAUUGUUUAUACUCUCAUGUGAUUUAAGCUAAUUCAAUAAAAUGCUUGCAAAAUCA